GUUUUUAUUUCUUAUUAGUUUUGUUGUAGUAGGUAGGCAGCCUAUUCGUAUUUCAUAUUAUUGGUUAUUAUACAUAUUGUUAUUAUAACUACCUAUUCUACUUUGUAGUGACUAGUCUCUCAAUGGUCGUUUUUAAAAUGAUUGUUUUUCAUAAUUUUGUUGGUCUCCAGUGUGCUAGUAAAGCUGUAGCCAAAAAUUAUAUUAAGGAUAUAUUUUUGUAAGUUUUGUAAAUUAGUCAAACAAGAUAUCAUAUGAAAUUCUAAGUCUUUCAUUUACAUGGAUAUUAUUCAACCAUCGAAUAAGUCAUGAUGAGUUUAUAAGACAAUACGUUACACACUACUGUCUACUGCUCAAACUAGUUACUAUAAUUUUUAAAAUGGAAAUGCCCCAAUUGUUAGAGAGUAAAAAUGAGAAUGCACAGAACGAGAAGUAUAUAUUCAGAUCUUCUAGUGGCAACAACACUUGUAUUUUUUAUGCGACAGCGUUGGACCACAGAUUGGAUGUAGUGCCGUGGAAAAAAAUAAACUUAUCAUUUAAGUUGUUGAACGUUGAUUCAAAACUGGUAGUGACAUUACUAGCAAACCAUGGAUUUCGUGAGGUCGCCGCCGAUUCAAACGAUUACAAUUUACUAUGGUCCAACAACCACGUGAAAACGGAAAUCAUCAGUUCGCUAAAACCUUUUCAGCGUGUAAACCAUUUUCCAAGGUCAUGCGAGCUGACCCGGAAAGACAAGCUGUACAAAAAUAUCGAGCUUAUGAGCCACCGAAACGGAAUAAAACAUUUCUCGUUUGUACCCGAAACUUACAUUAUGCCGAAAGACUACAACAGGUUUAUCACCAAUCAAUAUCGACACCGAGGCCUUUGGAUAGUCAAACCUUUUGACCUGUCUCGAGGUAGAGGCAUCACGAUUAUCGAUUAUCCGUUUAACGACGUACAACAGCAGUGUCUGAAAGACAACGUGGUAGUAGCCAAGUACUUGGACAACCCGCUGCUGGUGAACGGAUACAAGUGGGACCUCAGGUUGUACGUUCUAGUCACCUCGUUCAAUCCACUGAUAAUUUAUUUGUACGAAGAAGGCCUAGUCCGGUUCGCCACGGUCAAAUACUCGUGUGACCGUACUCAGAUCAGCAACAGACGAAUGCAUUUGUGCAAUUACAGCGUCAACAAAAGCAAUCCCAGUUACAUCAGGAAUUUAGAUCCCAACAGGGAAAACGUCGGUCAUAAAUGGUCGUUGAGCGCUCUCCUCAACCAUCUGCGACAAGAGUGUUUGAUCGACACCGAGGCCCUGAUGACCGAAAUCGAAGACAUCGUCAUCAAAACCAUCAUGAGCGCUACGGCUCAAAUGUUGCCGGCCAUCAACUGUUUCGUCCCGAACAAUCAAAACUGCUUCGAGCUCUACGGGUUCGACAUUUUGGUAGACGACAAACUCAAGCCAUGGCUUCUUGAAGUCAACCUCUCGCCUUCAUUGGGAAUCGAUUCCGCGCUGGACUGUCGGAUCAAGAGUUCGAUGAUAUGUGAUCUGUUCACCUUGAUCGGCAUUCCCGUCAUCGACCCGACUGUGUUCGGUAGUUCUAUCAGCUCCAGUAGAACGACCGAAAGAAGACCGAAAUCGGACGUGCCGAGAAAAAGGAAGGCUUCGUCGGUUAACAAUAGUUUGAAUGGCGACGAGAAACGAUUGUUGUUGCAUACAAUAGAUCAAAACCGCAGAAGUAGAGGGUUCAUUAGGAUUUUUCCGACCAGUCUGACAUGGAAAAAAUAUUCUUCGUACUUAGACGACACCAAUGGAGUACCUCGAGGAUCGACUAUACCGCCUUUCUACGUGAAACUUAUAAAAAACUAUAAUUGCUUAUUGAACGAUCAGCUGUUCGGGGAAAAUUCUUCGUUUUACAUGGACAUCAGUCGACAGAACCGCUACGAAAGAUCGCUGAGAGGUAGCAAUGGACAUUUUGACGAUAAAAACAACAAAGUCGACGAUAGUCCUGACGUAACCAAACUGAAAGACGCUAUCAUGAAGUAUUUACGAAACGGAUUUAUUUUUAGCAACCACCAGGCCAGGCAAACGUUUGCCAUGUAUUUGACUUAUAUAUCGGCGACGCUAAAAAAAUGUGUUCUGGAAAAACGCUACGAUGAUUCCUCGUCUAGCGCGGACCUCGUUUUGAUGUUCCUAGUGAAAGCUUCGAAAAACCUCAGUAUCCCCAUACAAUUUGAGAUUCCCAAGUCUUCGUUGUCAACCAGCCAAAAAUCACUGAAAAUAUUCCAGCUGUUAGAUAAUUUUCUAAUAAAGUACAAUUACGACACGGUUAUGUUUGCGUCACACGGUAACCAAAAGAAUUGUAUUCCCCACAAGUUAUUCAAUUUAUUUUUGUCCCGUGCCAGAAAGGAAGAUAUCGAAGAAGUGAUAAGUUAUUCAAAACGCAAUUGUUUAUCGUCCGCAAUAAGUCCAGUGAUUGAUAAAAAAAAAUCCUUCGAAUCGAAAUCAUCGCUAAAGCAUAAAAUAUAUCAUGUAAAGAUAGCGUAAUUAUCGAACAUGUGUUCCUAAGUAGAUACACAAAUCACAAUCAUAGGCGUGUGCACGUAGCGUGCCAAUCGCAUACAGGCUCGAUCAGACAUAGAUUUUUUACUUAAAAGAGGUACAUAAUAUGUUUUAUAAAUUAUGUGCCGUGAUCAAGAGUACUUAAUAAAAAUAUUUAUAUUACAAUGUACAACACGA